UAGCAGUUUUGAGGUUAAGUUUAUUUCAUUGUCAACACGCAGGACCUGAAAGCAACGUGCGACUAUUAAAAUCUUCGAUUCUAUCACCCAACCGACAGGAUAGACGCUACUAUCAACUUUGUUACGCUCAACUAAAAUGGGGAAACCUAAAAAGAGUAAGAAAUUUGGUCAUGCAGCUGCUCCAAGUAAAGUUGCGCUGGACGAACAAAUCACCCAAGGGCGUGUAGCCAAAUCGAAAGGAAAUUUGAAGAUUCGUCUACGUGCCGAAGAGGAAAUGUACGUUGAUGCCAAAUCGUCGCAAAAAAUUUUAUCGGCUGCCCGACAACAACAAGCUGAAUUCAACAUUGAAGACGAUUUUGGACCGCCGUUGGUGAAAAAACUGUCAAACCCGUUUGGCCCACGACGAAAACUCAAUAAGUUGGACAGUGACAAUUCCGACUCUGAGGUGGAGGAUCAACCAGAUGUUUGCGAACAAGACUUUUUCGAUGACAUUAAAUUGUCCGAAGAAGAUGCACGCGCCAUGGAAAUGUUUCAAAACAAGGACGGUCAACGAACACGCAAAUUGGCAGAUGUAAUCAUGGAGAAAAUCUCGGAAAAGCAAACUGAAAUUCACACUCAAUUGUCGGACGUUGGUUCGUUGAAGAUUGAGGAACUGGAUCCACGAGUCAAGGAAAUGUACGAGGGAGUCAGAGAUGUGAUGAAAAAAUAUCGCAGUGGCAAGGUUCCGAAAGCAUUCAAAAUCAUACCGAAACUGCGUAACUGGGAGCAAAUUCUGUUCAUAACGGAACCACAUAAUUGGAGCGCGGCUGCCAUGUACCAGGGUACUAGAAUAUUCGCAUCAAUUCUGGCACAACACAUGGCCCAGAGAUUCUACAAUUUGGUUCUACUCCCUCGCAUCCGUGACGAUUUAUCGGAGUAUCGUAAAUUGAACGCUCAUUUGUACAAUGCCAUGAGAAAGGCCCUGUUCAAGCCAGCCGCAUUUAUGAAAGGAGUUAUUUUGCCUCUGUUGGAGUCCGGCGAUUGUACACUUCGUGAGGCAAUCAUUUUUGGCAGUGUAAUCGCACGCAAUCAGAUACCGGUGCUUCAUUCGUCCGCCUGCCUUCUGAAAAUUUGUGUAAUGGAAUACAACGGCGCCAAUUCGAUAUUCAUUCGAAUAUUUCUCGACAAACGGUACGCGUUGCCGUACCGUGUAGUAGACGCAACCGUUUUCCAUUUCAUACGCUUCGAAAAUGACAAACGCGAGAUGCCCGUCCUGUGGCACCAGAGUUUGUUGACGUUUUUGCAGCGAUACAAGAACGAUAUUUCGUCGGAACAGAAAGAGGCGCUGUUCGGACUGUUGCGGAAGCAACAACAUCCUAAGCUCACGCCGGAAAUCCGUAGAGAGUUGCAGGCAGCCAAGUGCAGAGAUGUGGAAAUGAUGGAACCGAGCCAUAAUUUGGGACCAAUGCCGAUGGGAGAUGAUACGUUACCCGAUUACGGGCUGGGUGAAGACGAUGUAAAUAUGCAGGCGUAGAAAUAAGUUUUAGGGAAAUACAACCAACACAUUGGUUUAU